UACGGCACUGUCAUAAAUCCAACUCACACUUUGUGCUCCACUCAUGGACAGCUGUAGGCUAAGUGAAGGAUACGGAAUCUCCAGAAGCCAAAGAAACAUGUCGAUUGAUAAGGUCGUUAUGGGUAAGAAACAGAACAGCAAAUCCAAAAGGGAGGUGGAGGAGCCGGAGGAGUUUGUGGUGGAGAAGGUGAUUGACCAGCGGGUGGUGAAUGGAAAAGUCGAGUUUUUCCUCAAAUGGAAAGGUUUCCCAGAUUCUGAUAAUACUUGGGAACCUGAAGAAAAUCUUGAUUGCCCUGAGCUAAUUGCUGCCUUCCUGGAGUCACAAAAAGGUGUGGUUGAGAAACCUGACUCCAACAAGAGGAAGUCUUCCACAGAUGAGCCAGAGACAGACGAGAGCCAGGCCAAAAGGAAGAAAGAGUUGAAUGAAAAACCAAGGGGAUUUGCCAGGAAUCUGGAACCAGAGCGGAUCAUAGGGGCAACAGAUAGCAGCGGAGAGCUGAUGUUUCUAAUGAAAUGGAAGGAUUCAGAUGAGGCAGACCUGGUGCCAGCACGAGAGGCCAACACUCACUGCCCACAGGUGGUCAUUGCUUUCUACGAGGAGAGGCUAACCUGGCACUCGUGCCCAGAGGAUGAGCAACACUAGUAUUGUCAAACAUUUAUGUAUUAUUCCAACCUUAAAGCUCACUGACUGAGCCAUUGUGUACAACCUAGGGCCUGAAUGCUGUCUUGUGUGGUUUUGUUUUUUGUUUUUUUUUUUGUGCUGCAUUGUGGACAGCCUGACUGUUUUACUAUCUGCAUUGGGCCAAAAGGCCAGGGAGAAAAGAGGUUGUUUUUGAUUUUAAAAUGAAAAAUAUUUGUUCUGUUAGGCUGCUAUGCCAUCUUAUUUUUGUUUGGUGCAUAUGUAUCUAUAGACUUCAUUUACCCAUUUCCAGUGUCUUAUUCUGUUGCAUUGGGUUUGUACUUGGCCUGAUUUUGAAUAGUUCUGCUGUAUAUUUUCUGUAAAUAUUUUUUCAGAAAACAGAAAAGGUUCAAUUAAAGGUAUGUGCCUUUCUUUUAA